UUCCCUCAGGGCACUUCUCUGCUCCCUCAGGUUCUCCCCUCGGCCAGUGAACCAUGGCGCCUCCCAUGAAGGGUCAAGUGUGUGUGGUGACUGGGGCCUCCAGAGGUAUUGGCCGUGGCAUUGCCCUGCAGCUCUGUCAGGCAGGGGCCACUGUUUACAUCACUGGCCGCCACCUGGACACUCUUCAAGCCACUGCAGAGGAGGCUCAAGCCCGAGGUGGCCGCUGUGUGCCUGUGGUGUGUGAUUCCAGCCAGGAGAGUGAAGUGCGGAGCCUGUUUGAGCAAGUGAAUCGGGAACAGCAUGGGCGUCUGGAUGUGCUGGUCAACAACGCCUAUGCUGGGGUUCAGCCCAUCUUGAAUUCCAGGAAUAAAGCAUUCUGGGAAUGUCCUGCCACCAUCUGGGAUGACAUCAACAAUGUUGGACUCAGAGGCCACUACUUGUGCUCGGUGUAUGGGGCACGGAUGAUGGUCCCAGCUGGCCGGGGACUCAUCGUAGUCAUCUCAUCUUUGGGUGGCCUGCAGUAUUUGUUCAGUGUCCCCUAUGGCGUGGGCAAAGCCGCGUGUGACAGGCUGGCUGCUGACUGUGCUCAUGAGCUGCGACGCCACGGGGUCAGCUAUGUGUCCCUGUGGCCAGGACUGGUGCAGACGGAGCUGGUGAAGGAGCAGAUGGAAAAAGGGGAUCAGAGCAGUGAUCCCACACUGAAGCUGCUCAAAUCUCAGUUCUCCUCUGCGGAAUCCACAGAAGUGAGUGGCAAAUGUGUGGUGGCUCUGGCAACAGACCCCAACAUCCUGAGCCUCAGUGGGAAGGUGCUGCCUUCCUGUGACCUGGCCCGGCGCUAUGGCCUUCGGGAUGUGGACGGCCGUCCCAUCUAUGAUUACUUGUCUGUGAGCUCCGCAUUGUUACAAGCCUCCCCCUUGAGCUGGCUGGCCUCCUACCUGCCCGGAUUUCUGCGUAUGCCCAAAUGGCUCAUCACACUUUAUUCCAGCAAGUUCUAACCCUCCUGGCCUAACGUCACAACUCUCCUCCUCUCCUGCU